AUGGCGCGCCCCCUGGGGCCUGUCCGCAUGAGGAGGACCAACUACGUGACCCUGUUCAUCGGCGCGGUCCUCUGUCUCUUCAUCAUCUACUUCCUCUCGCAGUCCGGCUCCAGCACCGGCUCGCAUUCCUCCACCCACAAGCAUCGCCCCGCGAGGCCCGCCCCCAAGUCCACCGUCCAGCACAUCCGCCGCGAUGUCCAGCGCUUCAAUCUCAACCAGGUCACCAUCACCGGCGACCCCGUCGCGAACCGCGAGAAAAUCCUUAUCCUGACUCCCAUGGCCCGCUUCUACCAGGACUACUGGGACAAUCUCAUGAAGCUCAACUACCCUCAUGAACUCAUCACCCUGGGCUUCAUCCUGCCCAAGAACAAGGAGGGCAAUGCUGCGACUUCGGCCCUGCAGGCGGCUAUCACAAAAGCACAGAAGGGCCCGGCCAAGGAGCGCUUUAGGAGGGUCAUCAUCGAGCGACAGGACUUCGAGCCGCCAUUGUCGUCUCAGGACGAGUCGGAACGCCACAAGCUGCAGAACCAGAAGGAGCGACGUGCCUCGAUGUCCCGAGCACGGAAUUCCCUGCUCUUCACUACCUUGGGUCCCGACACGUCAUGGGUGCUCUGGCUCGAUGCCGAUAUUGUCGAGACGCCACGUACCUUGAUCCAGGAUCUCGCGUCGCACGAUAAGCCGGUGGUCGUGCCCAACUGCUUCCAGCGCUACACCGGCGAUGAUGGAAAGGCCGCCGAGCGGGCCUACGACUUCAACAGCUGGCAGGAUAGCGUGACGGCCCAGGAGAUGGCGGCCAAGAUGGGCAACGACGAUCUCCUGCUCGAGGGGUACGCUGAAUUACCCACAUACCGCACUCUGAUGGCGUACAUGGAGAUGGAGGACCCGACCGACACGCGCGCAGAAGUGCCUCUGGAUGGAGUCGGCGGCACGGCUCUGAUGGUACGGGCAGAGGUUCACCGAGAUGGAGCCAUGUUCCCGCCUUUCCCCUUCUACCACCUGAUUGAAACUGAGGGCUUCGCAAAGAUGGCCAAGCGCCUGGGCUACCAGUCGACAGGACUGCCAAACUACAAGGUACGUGUUUCGCGAGAACAAUCGCAGUCCUCGGUCCUAAACCUGAACCGGCACUAA